AUGAAGGAAGGGUGCGAACAUGCAGUUCCCAUAGCUGCGGAGUACAUGAAUUGUGUUCAAUUGGUUGAUAAUGAUGAACUGGCUGUUAUUGAGACACCUGAUCCUCAUAGUUGUGGAUCAAACACUGUUGUGCAACCACCUGCAGUUGGUAUGGUGUUUGGGACAUGGGAAUAUGCUGAUGAUUAUUUUAGGAGAUAUGGAAACAGGAAGGGGCGUGUUGCGGUUGGACGUAAAGGUGUAGAAGUGCCAACUAGGAAGUCUAAGAAAUGCAAUUGCCCUGUUAUGAUGUAUGUUGCAUGUAAUGAUGCUGCAUGUAAUGAAGGGGGGGAAUGGGUAGUGAAGAAGGUCGUAUUGGAUCAUGUGAACCAUAAUCCAACACCAAGCAAAUCCAGGUUCAUUAGCAUGUUUAGGAAGGAGGAGGUUAGUUGCGCUGUUAGGAGGCGUUUGUUUAAUGAUCACGCUGUUGGUGUUAGAAUAUCACAGAUUCAUAGUAGCUUAGCGCGUGAGCGAAAUGGUCUUGAGAAUAUGGUUAUCACAGAGAGGGAUCUUAGGAAUAUGGUUGCCAAGGAAAGGAAGUUGAAACUUGGGCCCGGAGAUGCAAAUGCAAUGCUAAUGUACUUUAACAAGAUGGCAGCUGACAAUCAAAAUUUUUUCCACAUUCAUCGACUUGACGAUAAAGGGUAUUUGAAGGAUGUACUUUGGGUUGAUGCUAGGUCGAGGGUGGCAUACGAAGAAUUUGGUGACGUUCACAUGGUUGCUUUGCAUGGGGGUAAGGCACCCAUUGGAAUAUUGACAGACCAAGAUGCUGCCAUGAGGAAGGCCCUUCGCAAUGCUAUGCCGGAGUCUGUACACCGGUGGUGCAUUUGGCACAUCAUGAUGAAAUUUGGGAAGAAGCUUGGUUCAUAUGGUAAUUACAAAGAUUUGAAGGAAGCGUUGACGAAAGCCAUAUACGAGAGUGUAAGUCCAGAAGUUUUUGAGAGGAGUUGGGUUUGUGCCAUAGAGAAGUAUGAGCUUGGUGAUGAUGAAUGGCUUCAAGGUUUGUUUCGGGAAAGAGAUAUGUGGGUUCCUGCUUACAUGAGGCAUCUAUUUUGGGCGGGAAUGAAGACAACCCAAAGGUGUGAGAGCAUCAACAGUUUUUUUGAUGGUUAUGUUCACAAAACCACAAAAUUAUGCGAGUUUGCUGAGCAAUAUUGCAACGCGAUGGAAUCUAGAGCAAAUGCGGAGAGGGAAGCUGAUGCAAAUAGUUCAAGGUAUCUCCGUGUUGCUGUGACAACUUUCAAGACGGAGAUUGUGUUUCAAAAGUUGUACACGGAUGCUAAAUUUAGGGAGAUACAAAAUGAAUGUAUGAAGGUGUUAUACCUUGAAUGGACUGGUAAGCAGGAUGUUGGACAGGAGUUGGUUGAACAUACGUAUGAGGAUAGGGUUUGGGUGGUUAGCAAGGACACUAAAAAGGAGGUGCCUCUUGAUAGGAAUUGUGAAUAUGUAGUUCUUAUAGACAUGGAGACGACCGAAGCUAAGUGUGAAUGCAAGUUGUUUGAGUCUGCGGGAAUCUUAUGUAGGCAUAUAAUAUCGUUAUAUAAUAAGUUGAAAAUUAAGGAGAUACCUGAAAAGUACAUACUACGUCGAUGGCGGAAAGAUGUAUUCCGGAAGCAUACAAUGGUGAAGGUAGCUUAUCACGACCCCUCAAAGACGGAUGAAGUGCAGAACUAUGAUAGAAUGAUGGUUGUUUUUGACCCAAUCUGCUUGAAGGCAGCCAACUAUGGUGAUGUUCACACUGUGUUAGGACGCUCCAAGUACUCAACAUACGCCUAG